UCAUUCGAAUCAGGCAAAAAGCGAAGUCAGCUCUACCGGCCCGUGCCGUAAAGCGCGACGCGGGUCAGCGCGACAUCCGGCAAGGCCCCCUGCGCGGGACGCAGCUAAGAUGGCGGCGGGGGAGGUGAAGUCCGUGCUCUUCGUGUGCCUGGGAAACAUUUGUCGCUCUCCAAUAGCUGAAGCUGUUUUUAGAAAACUAGUAACUGAUGAAAAACUUGAAAAUAAGUGGAUGACAGACAGCGCUGCUGUUUCAGACUGGAACGUGGGGCGCUCCCCAGAUCCAAGGGCUUUAAGCUGUCUAAGAGAUCAUGGCAUUGAGACAGCACAUAAAGCACGGCAGGUUACUAAAGAUGAUUUCCAGACCUUUGAUUAUAUACUUUGUAUGGACGAGAGCAAUCUAAGAGAUCUGAAAAGGAAGAGCAACCAGGUUAAAGACUGCAAGGCCAAAAUUGAACUACUUGGAAGUUACGAUCCACAGAAACAACUUAUCAUUGAAGAUCCAUACUAUGGGAGUGAAAAGGACUUUGAAACUGUUUACGAGCAGUGUGUUAGAUGCUGUAAAGCGUUUUUGGAAAAGCCUCAUUAAUGGUUCAUCACGUUAUUUCUAAAGGAAAAUAAUUAGCUUCUCUUGAAAUAUGUAAAGUUUACUUGAUUGAUGUAUUUCAAUUUUAAAAGUUUGUCUCAGUAGGUUCAAAACUUUUUCAGUUUAAUUUUAAACUUUAUAUUUUAUAUUUUCUGUCAUCUAAUUAAAAUACGUAGGAAAGUUUUAGUUGGA